UGGAGCCGCGCUGUGUAUUUAUGCUCUGCAGCCAGCCCUGAUUGCUCUCCGCGCGGUGACGCACGGUGACGACGGCUGCCGGGUCCCUGCACCUGCUCCCUCCGGACCAGCAGCAAUUUGUCACCCGCCUGGGCACAAGGGAGACAGACGGAGGGGGACGGGCGAGCAGACACUUGUCCCCAAGCUCUGUGAGGUCCUGCUCACGUGCAGGGCCACCGUCCGGCUCCUGUCACCCACGAGAGAGAAGUUGCGGGGGGAACAGAGGAGAAGACGAGCUGGAUGAGCGGUGGGAGGCUGGUUACCUGCGAUGAGCCCUGCUCCUUCUCCAGCAGGUUCCUGUGCCAGAUCCUCCAGCUGAGUUUUGUCAAGUACCUGAUGAAGGUCCUUCAGAAAGCAUCAGUCUGGAUUGGAUUCGUGGUCCCUGUGGAGGCCAUUAUCAGCAAAGUCUACCCCACCCCGUCUCCCGCCAGGCCUAGACGAUUUGCCAAGAAGCGCCGGGGGAGACUAACGCGCCUCCUCCUCUCUGUUGUCCCCACCAGGAUUCAGAACAUCCUGGGCUACCUGCCAGCAGACUGGGGCCACAGCAACAUGCCCAAGGAGAUCCGAGAAGGUGGGAUCAGCCCCUCUAAGAAAGCGAACAAGAGGAAGCGGGAUGACGUAGCUCUGGAGGAGCAGGAGUCCUUGUUGGUGGUACUGGAGAGGGACCUGCCGGAGCAUGAUUCUGAUGACCCCACGUAUGAGUUCUUGGAGGUGGAAACAGAUAGCGAGGAGUACCAGUCCCAGAAUGACACUGAGACAGACCUGGAGUUUGAAGAACAGGAUGGGACCAUUAUGCUGAAGGACUCCUCAGAUCUCCAGAGCUGCGCCCUGACCAUGCCCCUGUCCCUGCGGGUGGAGGACAUACAACGUGCUGGGGUCAGUGAUGCCCCAGAGCCGCUGGCUGCAAGCACGGAGUUGGGACCAGAGGAUCCAGCUGGGUCCAGCAGUGGGGAAGGUGCUCCAGAUAUCGAUAGUGGUGGUGAUGAUGAUGAUGCCCAGAAGCCACAAGCUGGUGUGAGCAGUGGGGACGGCAGUGAGCAGGAAGCUGACGCAGACUGCAAUGAGAGCAGCAGUUUGUCACAGUACGAGGACAAGCAGGAACCCUGACCCAUGGAGCUGGGCCUGUGCUGUGGCUAAAAAGUGCCUGAUUCUCUAGGAUGGCUGUGUCCUUGAGUAAGACGUCCAGUUAAAUGCUAUGUUGAUAAUUUUUG